UUACUUCAAAGACUAGGUGAAAAUGCAACUUUAAAUUAAUGAGGAAAAUCACACCUACUCCUUUUAUUUAUUGCAUCAAGACAUUAAUGUAUAAAUACACUACAUAAGGACGAGCUUCUCAUUAAUACUCUCUCUCUCUCUCUCUCUCUCUCUCCAAAUUCACUAACAAUGGCAGCUUCAAUAUUCUCAAAAACCCAAUUCACAAUUCUCUCCAUCCUUCUAACCCUAACCCUAUUUUUCGCCCUUGGAGCAGCCGAAGAUGGUUUCGUCAGAGCCAUGGAUAGAAAGCUUCUAGGGCUAAAAAAGCAAAAAUUUAGCCACUUUCGAUUCUACUGGCACGACAUAUACAGCGGGAAAAACCCUAGCGCCCUCCCAAUAAUCCAACCACCGAAAAACUCAUCGAAAAAUGGAUUCGGGGUUGUUAGCAUGAUUGACGAUCCUUUAACCGAAGGGCCAGAACUAAGCUCAAAGUUGCUAGGAAAAGCUCAAGGGUUUUAUGGGUUAGCUUCACAAACUGAGGCUGCCCUAAUUAUGGCUAUGAAUUUUCAUAUAAUGCAAGGAAAAUACAAUGGGAGCACUCUCACCAUUCUUGGGAGAAACAAUGUGUUUAAUAAGGUUAGAGAAAUGCCUGUGAUUGGAGGAAGUGGUCUUUUUAGGUUUGCAAGUGGGUAUGCUCAUGCUAGUACUCAUAAGUUUAAUCCUUCUAAUGGAGAUGCUGUCGUUGAGUAUAAUGUUUAUGUUCUCCAUUAUUAGACUUCUUUUUUUUAAAAGAAAAAAAGUUAAUGACAUACUUUAAUUUGUUCAAUUAUUAUAGGUUGUCUUUGGUUUUUGUCAUACGUUUUUGUUAUUUAUAUGAUUAAUGAGGAUGAGUUGCUUUAAUAA